AAUCAGAGCUGUCAGUAGAACUAACAAGGUUUUGUUGAUCUCUGUCAAAGUCUGCUUCAAUCCAAAGGAAACACGUUUUUUAUUCUACCAAAAGAAUUGUGGCCCCCCUUGCCAUUGCGGAUGUCUGGCGUCAUUUUAAGGAACCAUGUUCCCUGUUUCGGCCAAAACAGGUGAUGUGCACCUAGUAGUUUCCAGGUUCCAACGCCUCGCGAUAAAUCUCUCUAUAUGCGUGGCCACGAGAUGUCGACGGAACGGAGCGCCGUGUCUCGUGUCGCAACGCCGCCGUUCAUCGCCUACGCUGCGAGAGCGUCGCCGGGGAAGCAUCCAUGGCUUCUCCUUGCUUCUUCCGCUUAUCCCUCCCUCUGCCCCUCUUUCCUCUCCUCACGAGAAAUGUGCCGAUGGUGGCAAUCCAUUCUUUUGCACCUUGCCGGUCUAUGCAUCGGCGUUUGCUAUCCAGUGCCAUGAUUCCGCGACCAAAUCAUUUGAGUUGCAUUAGGUCGAUGGCAUCCAAUGUGAGUGCUGAAGAAGCCGGCGUGCCGAGAUCUGUCCCCGUGGCCGUCGCCCAUGAGCUCCUCAAAGCGGGACAUCGCUACCUCGAUGUCAGGACGGAAGGGGAAUUCAGUAGCGGGCAUGCAGUGGGAGCUGUUAACAUUCCUUACAUGUUCAAGUCUAACUCAGGAAUGUCAAAGAACCCAAACUUUAUGCAGGAAGUGUUAUCAACUUUCAAAAAGGAUGAUGAGAUAAUUGUUGGUUGUUUAAGUGGAAAACGGUCAUCUAUGGCUGCAACUGAACUUUCAAAUGCUGGUUUUACUGGCAUCACAGAUAUUUCUGGUGGUUAUUCAGCAUGGGUGGAGAAUGGACUUCCAACAGAGAAAUAAUUGAAUCAGAAUGGCCAAUGUGCUUCCAACUAAUAGAUGAGGUAUGGCUGCAACGUGAACGAGGAUUGCUUCUAUGAGAAGGUUUAAUCUGCAUGAGACACUGCAUCCUUGCAUUGUUUGGGAUCUAAAACCUCUGUCCCUAAUUAAUUAUUCCUCAUGGCUUUGGAUUGCUUUUGUUAUCCUACCAGCAACUCAAUCAAUCAAGUUAAAUAUGCUCUUCGACGUCA